AUGGCCAAGAUCCCGCUGGGCGAGUUGCGCAGCACGAGACUCAUAAACAAUCUCCACAAACCAGCGGACGACACCAAGGACGAGCUGACUGCGUUCGUCUACGAAGCCACUGUGGUAGCCACAAACGAGACAGUACAGUUGAAGAUCGGGCCAGACGAGCCCAGCUUCGCGAACGAGAUAUUAGUCUACAAGGCGCUGUCGGACAAGCCCGGGGAGACCGCGUCUGUGUUCAAAGCCAUCGCGACCAACGCGACAGGCAGUACCGUCGGCAUCGUUACCGAGUUCAUCGAGGUCACGGAGGCACCAACGAUCAGCGACACAGAGACCUGCAGGAGCAAUCUGCUUGCUCUGCACAGGAAGGGGUGGGCUCACGGGGGGCUGGACGCGGACGAUUUCCUGGUGAAAGAUGGCAGGUGCUGGAUUGAGAAUUUCAGGCAUGCCCAGAAGGUGGCUGAUGAAGAUCCGAACAGGGGGUGGUCAGCUGCCGGAGAUGGUAUCAAGGCGGAUCGAAAUGCGUUUCGACGUAAUCUUCAACCAACAGCCCGGAGGGACCAUAGAGUUUCCGCAACACUCAUAGAUUCGGCCUUGACCAGGUCUUGGAUGUGCUAG